AUCGCAACGGCUUCACACCCACAUUUGUAGCAGAUGGCGUCUAACGAUGCCGCAGCAGAGCGCGAGGAGCGGCUCAAGUCCGCUCUCUGGUACGCAAUCGGCCAAUUCGUUGACGACAAGUCUUUGGAAAGCGAUCUAAAUGCCACUCCGCAAUUCAUCGGUGCCUUGACUGAACUCGUCUAUACCCAGAUCGCAAACACAGCCCGGGAUCUCGAAGUGUUCUCGAAGCAUGCGGGACGCAAAACAAUCAACCCAGAUGAUGUCCUCCUCCUCGGUAGACGCAAUGAGCAGCUGCAAGCCAUGCUGGAGAAGGAGCUAGAGGAAAUCAGAGCUGCCGAGGGGAGACGGUCAGAUGGACAACCAGUUGCUCGCGCACAACCAGCUGCAGCAGGAAAGAAGCGAGGAAGGCCUGCUGGCACGGGAAAGGGCAAAGCAAAAGCUUGAUCAGGCCUGGAAAUAAUGACUGCAUCUUGUUUACCAUGAGAGCGCAACAUUGUGGUCUAAAAGUCAAUAGGGCGGAACCCUAUACUCUGCAGCUGUGGUCGACGCCGGUGGACCAAUCGUUUACGACCGAAGUUAGACUUUCAAAACUGUCAGCUCCCACAUCUCUUCAC